AUGGCAUCAAAACAAGAACGACAUACAAAUGUUGUUUCUCCGAAAAAUGAAGUACAAAAUCCAGAAGAAGGUCUUGGUGCAUGUGGUAUGGUUCUUGUUGCAUUAUGUUAUAUACUUUGUGCAAUAACAUUUCCAUUUUCACUUUUUCUUGGUUUAAAAGUUAUAAAAGAAUAUGAACGAGCAGUUAUUCUACGUCUUGGUCGAACUAUUACUAUGGGUAUCAAAGGUCCUGGUUUACUCUUUGUUUUACCAUGUGUUGAUUCAAUAAAUAAAGUCGAUUUACGAACUAUUACUUUUGAUGUUCCUCCUCAAGAAAUUCUUACACGAGACUCAGUGACAGUUUCAGUCGAUGCUGUUGUUUAUUUUCGAAUAUAUAAUCCAAUCAUAAGCGUAACCAAUGUUGCAAAUCCACAUAUUUCAACACAAUUACUUGCAGCUACAACACUUCGUAAUAUUUUAGGUACAAAAACUUUACAAGAAAUUUUAACUGAUCGUGAAAAUAUUUCACAUUUAAUGCAAACUCAUCUUGAUGAAGGAACUGAUCCAUGGGGAGUGAAAGUUGAACGUGUUGAAAUCACAGAUGUUCGAUUGCCUGUCAAUAUGCAACGUAGUAUGGCUGCGGAAGCUGAAGCUGCUCAAGAAGCUCAUGCGAGAAUCAUUGCAGCUGAAGGAGAAAAAAAAGCAUCACGAUCAUUAAAAGAAGCUGCUGAUAUACUUAAUGAAAGUCCAAUUGCAUUACAGUUACGUUACUUUCAAACAUUAACACAUAUAUCAGCUGAAAAAAAUUCAACAAUCAUUUUUCCAAUACCUAGUAAAUGA